ACAUUGGAGCGCGUCACUUUGUUAGCAGUUAUACAUUUACUUACGUUUGCAGACCAGAGGUCCGCCUCAACUUACACACGUAACUGAACAUUCUGCAUUCUUCUUUGUUAGAGGCUCACUGGACCUGAGUAAUGGCGUCAUGUGGAGCCCUGGCGUUCCUCCUGGUGUGUUCCAUGGCACCGCUCCCCUCGUGUUGGGGAGGGAAAAUUCUGGUAUAUCCCUUUGAUGGAAGCCACUGGAUCAACAUGAAAAUUCUGGUGGAGGCGCUUCAUUCUCAAGGACAUGAAAUCACGGUGCUGCGUACCUCCACCAGCUGGUACGUCUCUGAGAAGUCGCCCUACUACACCUCCAUCACUGUCAUGAUGGAGCAGUCCCAGAACAUCGAGAGCCAGAGCUUCAUGACCUCUUUCCUGGAGAGGUCCAUCGAGAUCAGACGACAUCGAGGCUCGCUGUGGGCCUUUGUGGAGUUCUACAGGAACCUUUUCGGUUUCAUUGGUGAGAAUCAGGUGGCUGUGACCCAAUUGGUGGUCAGCAUUUUUGAGAAUAAAACUCUCAUCAAGGAGCUAAAGGAGACAGGAUAUGAUAUUUUCCUGACGGACCCGGCCUUUCCAAGCGGGGUGCUCCUGGCUCACUACUUGAACCUCCCCAUGGUCUUUAAUGUACGCUGGCUUUUCAAUGGAGAAGCCCACUUUGCCAUUGCUCCAUCUCCUCUGUCUUAUAUCCCGGAGCUUUUCUCCCAGCACUCUGACAAAAUGAACUUGUUUCAAAGAAUGAACAAUAUAAUCUAUCACGGUGUUCUGCUUUACAUGCACCACUAUGUCGCCAAUCCUCCAUACCAGGUUUUGUGCGAUAAGUAUUUCGGAGGCAAUGUCAGCGUUAUGUCUCUUACACAAGGAGCCGAUCUCUGGCUGAUGAGGAUCGACUUCACCUUUGAGUUCCCGCGUCCCACCAUGCCCAAUGUGGUCUACAUAGGAGGCUUUCAGGGAAAGCCCUCCAAGCCUCUGCCGGCAGAUUUGGAGGACUUUGUGCAAACUUCCGGUGAACAUGGCGUCGUCAUCAUGACUUUAGGAACGCUGCUAGGCGACCUGGGCCCGGAAAUAUCAGAGAUCAUCGCCUCUGCCUUUGCAAGGCUCCCUCAGAAGGUCGUGUGGAGACAUCUCGGGAGGAAGCCUGCCGCUCUCGGGAACAACACCCUGCUUGUGGAUUGGCUUCCCCAGAACGACCUACUGGGCCACCCAAAGACUAAAGUCUUUGUCACCCAUGGGGGUACUAACGGCAUAUACGAGGCCAUGUACCACAGUGUGCCAAUUGUGGGAAUUCCUCUCAUCUUUGACCAGGAUGACAACAUGGUGCGGAUGAAGGCAAAGGGAGUGGCUGAGAUCGUUGAAGUGACAACACUGGAUGUGGAAUCUUUCUUAGGUUCCCUGAGGAAUGUUCUUGAUCCGCAGAAGCCUUACAAACAGAAUAUGAUCAAACUAUCCCAACUGCAUCAUGACAAACCCAUGAAGCCCAUCGACACUGCCGUUUUCUGGAUAGAGUACGUUAUGAGGCAUAGGGGGGCUCCACAUCUGCGCACAGAGUCCUACAAGUUGCCGUGGUACACCUAUCACUGUCUGGAUGUCAUUGCUGUCUUUGGAGUCUUCUGUCUUCUCGUUGUAGCAUCUAUUUGGAUUUCCUGUAGAUGUUUCUGUAGGUGCCUAGCCAGGUCUAAGACAUCCAAAAUAAAAUCCAAGAGACAAUAGAACACCAGAUGAUAAAUUAGGCAUGACAACACACACAGCAUGACAAUUUGUGAGUAAUCUUCAAAACAGGAAUUUGUGGCUGUGGAUCUUAGUUUUUUUCCCCUACAUUUAAAACACUUCCUUGUGGUCUACAGAACAUGUAAUGGUGGUUCUUGGGUCAAAAUGUUGCUCAGAUUAUGUUUAACAGCCAGCAUUCAAGCCGCUUUCUGACCAUCUUUUCAGGAUGCGCCGUUUUGUGGGCGGUCAAACUCACGCGCUUCCACUUUGACUGCAUCUUCUCCCUAUCAACCAUGUUGUAGUUUUUCGCGCUUCCAUAUCGAGUCUACUGACAGAUAUAAGUUAGAAGUAUACACUACUUUUUUAUUAGAGAUGGCAUGGAGCACAUAUGUCAGAGUCAAGGCCCGCGGGCCAUAUCCGGCCCGAAGGUUUUUUACGGCCCUUGGGAUGAUCUUGAUUUAUUAUUAGAACCGGCCCGCAGACCGCAGAUCUUUU